AUGCAGUGGAGGCGGCGCCACUGUUGCACGCACGUUGCCGGCCUAUUGUCUCUCCUCUCACUCCUGGUCAUCCUGGGCCAUCAGGACUGGCUGCCGGGCCUCAAGGGACCAACAUGGCAGAGGGAGCACCCAGUGGCUUAUGCCGGAGGAGGACUACGCUCCAAAGGGAAUCACAGCUCCUCACAGAUUCUAUGGAGGGAUGCACCGGUUCCCCCUGCGCCUCCGAAAAUGAAAGCCAACCUCAGUUUCCCUCAGAACUCCUCCUCACCGCAGGGGGUUACGGGACUGGAGAACUCUGUGGCGGCUAAUGCUAGCUUGAGCGGAGAGGUCAGGCUAAGGGGCCUGCUGACCUCAGAGCCAUACCCUUACAUCAUCAACGAGCCCGACAAGUGCCGGGAGGGCAACCCAGUGCCCUUCCUGGUGCUGCUGAUAGCCACGGAGGCCCAGCAGGUGGAGGCCAGGGAGACCAUUCGGCAGACCUGGGGGAACGAGAGCAUUGCCCCGGGCCUAGGCUUUGUUCGCCUCUUCCUGCUGGGUGUGAAGGAGGGCAGGGUGGGUCGCCUGCAGCAGAGCAGCCUGGAGGCCGAGAGCCGGAGGCACCGUGACAUCAUCCAGCAGGAUUACAUGGACACUUACAACAACCUGACCAUCAAAACCCUGAUGGGCAUGCACUGGGUGUCAGCGCACUGCCCGGGCACCAAAUACGUCAUGAAGACAGACAGUGACAUGUUUGUCAACACAGAGUAUCUCGUCCACAAGCUGCUCCGGCCAGAGAUGCAGCCCAAACUGGACUACUUUACGGGCUACCUGAUGAGGGGCUAUGCACCCAACAGAAACAAGAAUAGCAAGUGGUACAUGUCCCCAGAGCUGUACCCCAGCGAGAGGUACCCCACUUUCUGCUCGGGAACGGGCUAUGUGUUCUCGGGGGACCUGGCGGGGAAGAUCUACAGGGCCUCUCUAGGCAUCCGCAGGCUGCAUCUGGAGGACGUUUACGUGGGCAUCUGCCUGGCCAAGCUGCGGAUCGAACCCACGCCACCGCCUAACGAGUUCCUGUUCAACCACUGGCGGGUGUCCUACUCCAGCUGCAAGUACAGCCACCUUAUAACCUCCCACCAGUUUCACCCCAACGAACUGCUCAAGUACUGGCACCACCUGCAGAGCAACAAGCACAACGCCUGCAUCAACACAUCCAAAGACAAGGUGGGCAGGUUUCGCCAGAGGAAACUGCAGGGGGUACAGCCUAUUUGGUGA